AUGUCUUGUUUGACAAGUCAUGGAAAAGUUGGAUCUGUGGUAUUAGAGUAUAAGAAGAGUUUGGUGCUCGAACGAUACUUCUGGAACACCACGUAUGAGCCAUACACACAUGUUCGAAAUUGGUACACCACGCGGCAUUUUUUUUCUAUUCCCUUCUUCGAGACGAUCUGA